UAUAAGCACCUUUGUCGCCCAACGGAGGAAAUUGAUCCCAACCCUCUUGUUCGACCAGGCCUGUAACUUUCCAGUUGUCUCUCCAGAAACAUCAAGAUGGUCACCCUUUCUUCCCUUCUCGUUGCCGCCGCGACAGUGGCCACUGGUGUCUUCGCUGCCCCCGGUGAGCUUCCUGGGCUGGCCAAGCGUCAAACCUACACAACCAGCGCUACCGGUACACACAAUGGGUACUACUUCUCCUUCUGGACCGACGGCGGCCCGAACGUGAGGUAUACCAACGAGGCUGGCGGCCAGUACUCGGUGUCGUGGUCCGGCAACGGCAACUGGGUUGGUGGUAAGGGAUGGAACCCCGGUACUGCUCGCACCAUCAACUACACGGGCACCUAUCAGCCCAACGGCAACUCGUACCUGGCCAUCUACGGAUGGACCAGAAACCCUCUUGUCGAGUACUACGUGAUUGAGAACUUUGGCACUUACAACCCAUCCUCGGGAGCCACCCGCAUGGGAAGCGUUGUCGAUGGCGGUGCCACCUACGAUAUCUACAGGUCCACCCGCGUUCAGCAGCCCUCUAUCGAGGGUACUCGUACCUUUGACCAGUACUGGUCCGUCCGCCAGCAGAAGCGCACCGGCGGCUCUGUCAACAUGGCUACCCACUUUGCUGCCUGGGAACGUGCGGGACUCAGACUGGGAACCCAUGAUUACCAGGUUGUCGCCACUGAGGGCUACUUCUCGUCCGGCUCCGCUACUAUCAACGUUGGCGGCUCCUCGGGUGGUGCUCAGCCCCAGCCCCAGCCCCAGCCUUCUUCCAACCCCAACCCUGGCAACGGUGGCGGCGGCGGUGGUUCCAACUGCGCUGCCAGAUGGGGCCAAUGCGGUGGUCAGGGCUGGAAUGGUCCUACUUGCUGCGAGUCGGGCACUACCUGCCGUUCCAGCAAUCAGUGGUAUUCCCAGUGCCUUUAAGUUGUUGGAUUUGACCCUGGACGUUCUGGGAUGGGUUCUCACCACGCGGUCUCAAACUUCGAUGGACAGGAAGGGAAAGUCUGUAAGGUAGAUAGGAUAAGGGGACGCCUCAUGCUUCAUGUACAUAAUUGCACCCUUGCAUGCCAUCACGGUAUGUGGUACAAAUACUCGUUUUCUCCAUCAAAAGCUUCGACCGAUGUGUGUCUGCGUGUGUGCAGAAUCCUGAUGUUUUGGACGGGAUGCCCUAGUCGGCUGAGAUGUCGAG